GUUAUGAUCUGGAGCGCCAAAACAUCCCUGAUGAGCAUCUCAAGUGACCACAAAGUGUCCCGUUCCGGAAUCUUCCAUCCCGUUGAGGAGUCAGCAAACUGGCUCGGCUUACAAUCCAAGAAACGGCGUCCCAACAUGUCUAAACUCACGCUUGUCAUCUGCUUUUGUCUUCUGCUGGCUGCAGUCAUUUACGCCACAAGUGAUGCAUCUGAGAAUGACAACAAGGUUGAGGUAUUGGCUAGACUGAAAAGAGGCGCACGGGGAGGUCGCAGGCAGAACGCAGGACGUCGUCACAGCGGGCGGCCAAGAGGCGAAGGCGAAGACGAGGAGGAAGACACCGCCGGGAGAGGGGGGAGAAGGCGUCCAGGGCGCAGGGACAGACCAGGUCGGAGAGGUCAUGGUCAAGCACCGGGACGAGGCAACAGACAAGGUCGGAGAGGUCAUGGCCAUCGCCAAGGUCAAGCUCACGCUCGAUGGGGCCAACCCAUUACGUCUUUCGCCAGCUUGCCUGACAGGGUUCAGCGCUUGAUCACAUCCCUCGUCGGGGCACAGAAUAGCUUUAUCACAAACUUCCACAAGGAGGUAGGUCUGCCCGCUACCGACGUUGUGUAUUCUCCUUUCAGCAUCCACCAAGCGUUGACCAUGACCUUUAUGGGUGCUCGUCAUCAAACAGCGUUUCAGAUGAAGCAGGCUCUGUCACUGCGUGGCCUUGGAAGACGCACGCGUUUGGCAGCGAAGAAAUUGAACCAACUCCUCAACAACCCUGGCAAUGCUACGCUGAAGACGGCUAAUAGUAUAUAUCUACAACCUGAGUUGGACAUACUGCAGGAGUUUACGGACGCACUGGGCUUAUUCUACCAAGCCAAUAUCUCCUCGUUCGACUGGGGACACCCGGCCGGACCAGAGGGUCCCAUCAACGAGUGGGUGUCAGCCCAGACCAACAACCUCAUCCCCACCAUCAUCAACCAAGGAACCAUCACUCGCUUGACCGCCAUGGUACUAGUCAACGCUAUCUAUUUCAAGGCUAGAUGGCAGAAACCUUUCACACCUGAGAUGACCAGCGAACAGUUGUUCAGGAAAACACCCAAUGAACAGGUCCCCGUUCAGAUGAUGGAGGUUGAAGCUGACUUCAAGGUGGGGGCUGUCCCUGGUCAUGCGGCUCGCUUGCUGGAGUUGCCCUAUGAAGAUGGUCGUUUCAGCAUGCUUAUAAUCCUGCCUGAUGAUGAAGCUGGCCUCACCACCAUAGAAGACGCCUUGACGACGGAUAUACUCGCCAGCACCCUUGACACAAUCAUCGCAGCCAAACUGAAGGUGUUUCUCCCCAGGUUUAAACUGGAGACGUCACUAUCGGUCACGCAAGCUCUGCAAACCAUGGGGAUGACCAGACCGUUCUCGGCAGGACUAGCAGACUUCACCGGCAUCACCAGCUCCAGCGACGCCUACAUCAGUGACGUCCUGCACAAAGCUGUCGUAGAGGUCAACGAAGAGGGUAGCGAGGCUGCGGCUGCCACGGCUGUUAUUAUAGAGGUGAGGUCGUUCGCAGGAAUGCAGCCACCCUCGCCGGUGUUCCGCUGUGACCACCCCUUCCUCUUCUUCAUCAGAGACAACGUCUCCAAACUCAACCUCUUCGUCGGCAAGUUCUCUGGCGGAACCUAGGUACCGUGCACAUAGGCUCCCAGCAGCGAAACAUGCGAGAGGCUGCAGGGAGUUGGAUAUAUUUAAAGGUAGUCAUCGAUCACUCAUUCCAUGCGCUGUUUAAUCACAAAACGAUGCUUAUAUGAUCUUUUUAUAUUUAGAGUAACAUGUCUUUUGCAAAGCCACAGUUAUAACACUGGUGUUGUGCCCAGAAAGGGAGUUUUUACGUCUUUUUGUCACAAGUUACUUUAGGUCAUACAGCUGUUGACGGCGUUGUGGCAACGGUUGAAAUGUUUUACAAAUUUAAUUCAUAAUGAUGUUUCCUUUUAAUAUGCAUUGUCAUUGUUGAGUGUCAAUCAGACAAUGUGUUAUAUAAUGUUAAAGCCUGUUAAUGGUCGUGGCUGCGUACCACUCUGCUAUCUCUUCCAUGUCUGCGUAUGCGGGUUUCAUUACUAAAGUUGUAUACGAGUUACCGGUGUCUAUAUAUUUUAUUACCUGUCUGUAAUGUAUCCGGGACUGAACAGAAUAUAUUCACAGGGUCCAACGUUGUUGCGUACAUGCAUCAGAAAUCAUGUCUGGGCUAAGCAACAAACACCGAACUGUUUAGACAAGACUGGUUCGCUGGGUAGGUUGCGCCUGCGCUACCCUUAAAGUUUAUAUUUUUAUCGUCCAAACAAAUAUUGUAUGCGCAUUCAAAGGUGAAGGUUGUUUUACAAAUAUCGCUCAUACACAAAUGUAUCAUGAAGUUUGCUUACUCAAGUUACAGUCGAAUUUAGAUUCGUCACAGUUGCUCUUGAGAACAUUGAUUUUCUGUUUUAAAUACUCUCAGUGUACCAAUGUAGUUAAAUACCAAUGUAGUUUAAUACCAAUGUAGUUUAAUACCAAUGUAGCUUAAUACCAAUGUAGUUUCGAUUACAGCUUCACGAAAUAAACUGUACACCUCAAA